AUGUCUCUCCCACCAUCACCUACAGCGCCGCCAGAUUGCGCACCGCUACCGGACCUUCGACUUCCAAGGAUGGAUCUGCCAAUUUUCAGCGGAAACUACCUUGAAUGGAAGUCAUUUUAUGACCUCUUCAGUGGUUCUGUGCAUCAGAACCCGUCACUACGACCUAGUCAAAAAUUCUACUUUCUUAAGACGCAUCUAGCUGGUGAAGCAGCUACGCUUGUGUCUCACUUGAAUGUGGAAGAUGCAAAUUAUCUACCAGCACUGGAUAAAUUUCAAAGUCGCUACAAUAAACCCCGUGAAAUUGCCAACCUACACAUCACUCGCUUUUUGAGCCAACCUGCUUUGACAUCAUCGUCCCCGGCCAGGUUGCGCUCCCUACACGAUAUUUCGGAUGAAGUUAUUCGGGCUUUGGCUGCUCUUCAACGUGAAGGACGAGACAUUUGGCUACUCCAUCUCAUCUACGAAAAGCUCGACCAACAAACAAAAGAGCUUUGGUGUCAAAAAACAAUGGACAUGGAAGAGAGUCACAUCACUGUCGACGCGUUGUUAAAGUUUAUAGAUAAUCGAUUCACUGCUCUUCAAUCAUCUCAAUACACUCGAAAAUGCAUUCGAGAACCCAAUACUGCUGUGCCCGUUAAAUCUCAAACACUGAGACACUCACACAAACUACUCUCGUCCGCUCUCGUGGCCACCGAUAGGCCACCAUUUGCGUGCGGAGUUUGCGCUAAAGCCGGUCAUCAGCCGUAUCAAUGCGCUACAGUUGAUGUUUUCGAUCGAUACGGUCGUCGUUGUGCUGCUCGCGCGGUACUCGACUGCGCCUCUCACCUUAGUUUCAUCCGGAAGGAUUUUUGCGAUCGUCUAGCCAUAGAAAAAUCACCAAUCGAUUUAGACUUUCAUGGGAUAUCGGCAACCAGCUCACAUUCCAGCAUGAGUACAUCGGUCACCUUUGCCUCACGAUGUUCUAGCUAUCGCGCUACAAUACCAUGCGCGGUGUUGGAUCGAAUUUCGUCUGACCUUCCUCUACGCCCUGUGGAUAUUAGCGACUGGCCAAUUCCAGAUUCAGUCUACCUAGCUGAUCCGCAAUUCCAUCAUCCGGGAAAAAUAAGUCUAUUAUUAGGCUUACAACCUUUCCUUGAUUUGCUUGAACCAGGGCGAAUAAACUUGGAUGCAGAUGGUCGUUUCCCCAUUCUGCAAAACACAAAGCUGGGCUGGGUGGUGUCAGGCCGUUACGAGGAUAGCAAAUCAAUGAAAAACUCUCCCACCUGCCUAUUCACUUCCCACAACGAAACACUCUCCCAACAACUGCAAAAGUUUUUCGAAAUUGAGGAUUAUGUGAACCCUAGCCAGCAUCUCAGCGAAGAGGAACGAAAAUGUGAAGCACACUUCGAGCAACACACUACUCGUGAUCAAGCUGGCCGUUUUGAAGUUCGACUUCCGUUUCGCGAGGAUCCUAAUACCCUUGGUGCAUCUCGUGACAUUGCGUUGAAGCGGCUCGAACACAUCGAGAGAAAGUUGAAAAAAUCCCCUCAGUUAAUGGUUAAUUACCACGCCUUUCUGAAGGAAUAUUAA